UAAGAUAAUUAUGAUGUUGUUUAUUUUUAUCAUUUGUUUUGUAACUGAAGCUUUAAGUGUUAUAGUGACACAGUGUCCCGAAAAGACACCAGUUGAAGAUUUUGACAUCAACGGAAUUGGUAGAGGGAUAUGGUACGAAGUAGCAAGGUAUCCCUAUCCGUCCCGGGAGCCGAUCCAAUUCCUGGUAUACGAGAGUAGAAUGGAGGGGGAUCUGUACGUAGCGGAGACGAUCAACGUCAACAGAACCUCGCCUUACUUCACGGAGGUGUUCUCCAGGAUGCUACCUGAUUCACGCAAGAGAGGAAGAAUUACAUUCGAAUUCUCUUCUUCAGAACGAGGUCUGUUAAUCGAUUCACCUGUGAUGUACAUUCUGGCGGUGGAUUAUGAUAAGUUUUUCAUCGCAUAUACUUGUGUUUAUGAUGAAAGCCAGAACAAAUUCCGAGAACAUGCUUGGGUUUUAUCUCGAACGCCACCAAUUCCGGGAAAAGCGAAAAGAGAUUUUUUGGAAAUCAGCAAAAGCGUAGGCCUUGAUGAAGAUGAGCUGAUUUGGUAUCACUAAAGCUUCAAACAACAAUUAAAUGUUUAAAUA